AACAUUGAUACAGAAAUUAUAAAUACUCAUAAUAAAUGGAUUGUUCAGAAGUUGCACUUAUAUUGCGUAAUUGAUUUACAAGCUCUGAUUUAUCACCGGUGUGUUUCGUCGAUAUGGAAGUGUCCCGUCCCCUUCUGGUCAUUGUGGUUCUGGCGCACCUGGUCGUCAUGGGAGCUGCUAAACCCCCACACAUAAUAUUCAUUGUGGCCGACGAUUUGGGAUGGAACGAUGUUGGCUGGCACAAUGACCAGAUGUUCACGCCCAAUCUGGACAAGACGGCCAGACAAGGCGUCAUCCUCAACUCCUCAUACGUACAGCCCGUCUGCACACCGUCAAGAAACUGCUACAUGACUGGAUACUACCCCUUUCACACUGGACUUCAGCAUAAUGUUAUUUCUCCGACUAGCCCUGCAUUCUUGCCUUCAAAUUUUACCACCCUCCCACAAAAACUGAAAGAAAUUGGCUAUACCACCCAUAUGGUCGGAAAGUGGCACCUCGGAUUUUGUAACUGGAAGUACACGCCUACAUUCCGGGGGUUUGACUCCUUUAUGGGCUAUUACCUCGGCGCUGAGGACUAUAAUACACAUAUGAGAGAUAACGGAUAUGACUUCCGGUUCAACAAAUCCGUGCACCAUCCACCGGAAGGAGAAUAUUCGGCGAAUGUGAUAUCUGCGCGUGCAUUGGAGAUACUGGACUCUGUAGACCCAGUGGAGGAGCAGCUCUACCUCUAUCUGCCAUUUCAGUCGGUGCACGAGCCUCUUGAGGUUCCUGAACGAUAUGAAAACAUUUAUUCAAAUAUUUCAACUAAGUACAGGCGUACUUACUGUGGCAUGGUUUCUGCACUGGACGAGGCGGUUGGGAACAUCACUUCCGCCUUGAGAGACCGGGGAUUCAUGGACAAUGCUCUCAUCGUCUUCACCACUGACAACGGUGGACCGACGUACACGGCCGCGAACAACCUGCCGCUUCGGGGCUCCAAGACGACGCUGUGGGAGGGCGGCACGCGAGGGGCGGCCUUCGUCUACAGCGACAACCUCCUCCAGAAAACCGGAUACACAAACAACGAAAUGAUUCAUGCUGUGGAUUGGUUCCCAACACUUCUUACGUUGGCAGGAGGAAAACCAGACGCUGGUAUGGACGGGGUGAACCAGUGGCCUACCGUCAGUUCCGGAGCUCCUUCCGCUCGCUCGGAGUUUGUCUACAAUAUCGACGAAAUUUACAAGAAUGCAGCUAUCAGGGUUGACCAAUAUAAGCUGAUCGAAGGCUCACCGGGUGUCUUUAACGGAUGGACACCACUGCCGCCACUGGCAGCUUCGGACAUGUCAAAUGCGUCCUUUCCAGAGCAUCAACUGUUCGACCUUCAAGUGGACCCGUCGGAGCACCAUGACAUAGCGAGUGAGCACCCAGAUAUUGUUUCCAAAAUGCUGGGCCGCCUCAGUUUUCACAAGGCGACAUUAGUACCUGCCAAUAUCCCGCCCGCAGACCCCGCGUCCGACCCCAAAAACUUCGGCGGUAACUGGUCACCAGGAUGGUGCUAGGACUGCAAAACAACUUGAUACUCAUGUUCAGAAUGUUUGUGUAGAGAUAAUUCAUAAUUCAAAAUAUAUAAAUAGCUCCAGCAUGAACACAUUUG